AUGCUGGAUGGCCCGCUAUUCUCCGAGGGGCCCGACAGCCCCCGGGAGCUCCAGGAUGAGGAGUCAGGCAGCUGCCUCUGGGUGCAGAAGUCCAAGCUGUUGGUGAUCGAAGUGAAGACUAUUUCCUGUCAUUAUAGUCGCCGCGCCCCUUCUCGACAGCCCAUGGACUUUCAGGCCAGCCACUGGGCUCGCGGGCCCCAGAAUCGCACGUGUAGGCCAAGCCCGGGAUCCCCCGAGCCGCCGCCCCGCCGUCCCUGGGCCUCCAGGGUGCUGCAGGAGGCAACCAACUGGCGGGCGGGGCCUCCGGCCGAGGCCCGAGCCCGGGAGCAAGAGAAAAGGAAAGCGGCGUCGCAGGAGCGGGAGGCGAAGGAGACCGAGCGAAAAAGGCGCAAAGCUGGUGGGGUCCGACGAAGCCCCGUGGGUCAGCCGCGCCCGGAUCCCCGAAACGUCCCUCGGGUGGCCCAACCUGCAGGGCUCCCAGUUCCCUCUCGACCCGGGCGCCUGGGGCAGGUGGGGAGAGCUCGUCCAUCCGCGCAACCGCAGAGCGACUCGGGGGCGGCGUGGGCGGGGCCCUGGGGAGGUCGUAGGCCAGGGCCCCCCAGCUACGAGACUCACCUGCUGCUGAGAGGCGCCGCAGGUACUGCCCCACGACGCCGCUGGGACCGGCCGCCACCCUACGUGGCUCCACCUUGUUACGAAGGCCCCCACAGGACCUUGGGAACCAAGCGAGGUCCCGAGUUCUCCCAGGCGCCCGUCUCAUCAGCCCCAACUCUAACCCCGGCCAGGACAGAGGGAGGGCGCACAAAGAAGAGGCUAGAUCCUCGAAUCUACCGGGACGUCCUAGGGGCUUGGGGUCUCCGACAGGGGCGGGGUCUCUUAGGGGGAUCUCCAGGCUGUGGAGCGGCCAGAGCGAGGCCGGAGUCCGGCAAGGGAGCUACGGAGAAAAGCCUGGACCUAGCUGCUGCUGGCCUGAUCAGUGGUAGUGACCACCACUCCCAAGCCAAAGCUGCUGGUAGCCCAGGCACGGAGAUAGCUCCUGCGAGGUCUGCAACUGCGUCUCCCAGCCCCCCACGUCCAGCUCCCAGGUCCAAGUACCACCACAAGGGCUCGAGGGAAGGGAAAGAGGGACGAGAACAUAUCUGGCUGCCCAAAUGCUGGAUUCCUUCCCCUAAAAAGCAGCCACCCCGGCAUAGCCAGACCCUCCCCAGACCCUGGGCUCCAGGAGGCACCGGAUGGAGAGAGUGUCUGGGUUAUAGAGAUGGAACAGGAUCCACCUUGGAGGGUUGGAAGGCGACCCGCCGCGCCCACACCCUGCCCCGCAGUUCUCGGGGCCCCGCUAGAAGAGAAGGUGUCUUUGUCAUUGACGCCACGUGUGUGGUGAUACGGUCCCAGUAUGUUCCGACCCCUCGAGCCCAAAAGGUGCAGCUUUUGCCCUCUGGGGAGUCACGCGUUGAGGGAGAUGCUCCCAGGCAACCCAAGCCAUGCAAGGAGGAGAGCAAGGGGUCCGCGGUCUUUCUCUCCAGCGACCAGAAACCGCUAUUGAGCAGUCUCCUUUUACACCAACUGGGCGUGGGGCGCGGGUGCGAAACUGAGGACGGGAAGACUGGGGAAUCUUCCCUGGAGGAGCGCGCCUCGCGCAUCCUGGGGCUCCCGGUCGGCGAAGUAAACCUGCAGGACGCCCCCACGCAGCCAGGUAGCUCAGAGCACCAAACCUUAGGCCCAGCCGCUCCGGGAGGCGGGAGCGCAAAGGGCUCGGAAGUGGCGGUGGUCCCGCGGCGCGCGGGAGGGGGCUGGGCGCGGAACCCUGGGCCCUAUGCCGGGGCCCUGCGGGAAGCCGUGUCCCGCAUCCGCCGCCAUACCGCCCCAGACUCGGACUCGGACGAAGCUGAAGAGCUCAGCGUCCAUAGCGGUUCCUCUGAUGGAAGCGACACAGAAGUCCCGGGCGCCUCCUGGCGGAAUGAGAGGACCCUGCCGGUGGUUGGGAACGACGGGCCACGGGAAGGCGGGAAGACAGCAGAGCUGAGCGAUAGUAUCCGGGAGAUUCUAGAUGUCAUCAACCAAACUGGGCAGGCCCUCUUUGGAGCGAGGGAUGCCAAGGGGACCCCACAGGGAAAUAGGGAGAGGCACUGAGAGACUCCUUCGUGUAUUUGUAUCCUCUGACCCAUCCAUCUUUGGACCCACUGGUCCCCCUUCUUCCCCACAGACUUCCUCUGCUUUUCUUUUCCUUGUUUCCCUACCCAGGUCAGUUCCCAUACUUGAAAUAGAAAUGACAGGAAAGGGAGCAUGUGGCCUUUUAUGAUUGUUUCAGAAGAGGUGAGGGUGAGCAGUAGAUUUAAUGCGUAUUGUAUGCAGGGCACACCUUUAGAUCUUCAGCAGGGGCUGAUGCACAAGGUGUGGAGCUGAACAGAGAGGCCUAGCCAGGCAGGCAAGAGGGCAGGAAUGAUGGCAAUCAUAGGGAGGCAAUGUCAGGGCAGGACCUCUGGGCAGGAAGAAUCUAGGGACAAAGUGGCCAGGUGAUAGAGGGGUCCUUGGCAGACGAGGAAUGAGUCCAGAAGCAACCAGCAAAGCUGGAAAAGGACUCAUAUUGGUGUCACAGGUCUUGACUUAUAGCCCCAACUCUGCCAUUGAUUUGCCAGUUGACUUAGAUCUGUCACUUCCCCUCCCCAGAGCUCCUAGUAUUUAAAAUGAGGGAGUUCUAUGGUUCAUCUUUCCAUCUCUGGAAUUUGGGGAUCUUUGAGGAGGCCUCUAUCUUAUCAUCUCAACAAGCCAGGAAAGAGCAUUGGGAAUAGGUUAACAGAAUCCAAGUGUCACCUUCACUCAUCCUCAAUUCAGGAAACUGUCUAGAAUUUGCAGAACUGAGUGAGCAAGGGGCUCCUAUCCUGGUCUCCCUGGUUUAGAUGAGGGCUCCCCAAAGCAAGGCAGGAUAGUGACCCUGUUACUGUCCCUGGCCUGUGAUGGUCCAAGCUGGGGAGGGAAGGUAGCCAAUGAAUCAGCUUGGGACCUCUCUAGGCCUUCCCCUUUUCCUCUACCCCCAUGUCCCUUAGUGAUGCACUGAAGCAUUACUACGAUUUCCCAUCCAGGUGGUAUAGUCCACCUGACAGAACCCUGAGAAUUUCUGCAUCUUUGCCUCUUCAAGAAAUCCUCCAGGCAAGGAAAAAGGAAGCUGUUCUCACUAAGACUGUAGGGUGAGGCGUGAUACUCAUUGUAGCCACUAUGGGGCGCGCGCAGGCCGCGGAUUUCCCCGGUUGCUACUUCCUGAGGCCCCCCUAUCCGGGCAUUGCAGGUUUAUCUGAUCCCUAGUUACCGCGCGCCUGUCCCCCGCCUUGCCACCUCCAGCUGUGCGGGGCCGGGAGCAGGCCUCCGGCUUCCCAGACCACUGGAGCACGCCGAGCCCCUCUUUGUAUUCACCCACGCCAAGUGGCUUGGAACUCAGACACUGAAACCUUUAUUUUCUCUCCGAUCCUGGACACGUCCUCUGUCUUUGCCAUUUACUAGCCAUGUGAGCUUGGCCAAAUCACUUCACCUCCCUGAGCCUCAGUUUCCUCAUCUGUCAAAUGGGGGUUUAUAAACACCUACCUCGCAGGGUUGUUGUGAGGAUUUAAUGCGGUAAUGUAUGUAAAGCGCCUUGCACAGUG